UCGUGCGUUCAUUCCGUUACCGAUGUGUGUGGCGGCGAAGUGCCACAAUGUACGUUCAAGCGAGUGUCUUUGUGACGAACGCCGUAUGACUUAGCGAGAAUAAUCACGUUGCUUUUCAGCCAGUGGCUCUGGAAAUCCUCAUUUCAACAUCUCUAUAACGUUGCACACUCAACACCCGCGGAGAGAUUAUUUGACAAAAAGCGUAUUACAAGUAGCUCAUGGUAUUAAAAUUCCUCAACGUUGUUCAUUACUUGAGAGGCGACUGCAAAUCUUGGCAUUUCACGAGCAAAUUCAGCCGCAUAAAGCUGUGCCUUACGGUUGUUCGGUUGCAGGAUAAUGAAGCGGUAGUAGGACGCUUUCAAGUGGUGCUUCAACGCUUCAAAUUAACGUAGGUGUCUUAUUCAGCUCUUUCAUAUGUUUUUAUUUAUUACAACAUGGUUUGUAUCAAUCUUUUCUCCCUCAGACGAUGUUUUAAUUGUAAACAUAAGCACAACAGAUUUAACGGCAGAGCAUACAUUAGCAUUAGCGUGUUUUUCAGUUGCCGUUGAAAGUUUCCACCAAAAUGUAGCCUGUUUGCAUACAUUCUCCAAUUAGCGUACAAUAUGACGCGCGUGUCGUGUUAAAGGGAUAGUUGGGAUUUUUUGACAGGAAGUUGGAUGACAUCCCCAUCAGAAUAUAGAGAUAUAAAGAAAAAAAGCAGCGACAUGGGAACUCCUUGGCGCCAGAGUAAACAUAUCGGGGUGCGGGCAUGCUGACGUGUGAGAUAUGCGGCGAGGAGGUCAUGUUGGAGGAGGACAUGAAGACACAUCUCCUCCUGAGCCACCUGGAAAAUGCUGCGCGCUGUCCGCUGUGUUCUUUGUCUGGGGUGUCCUACGACGAACUAUCCUUCCACAUCAGCGUCGCCCACCCGGAGGAACGUCACGAGGCCCAAAAUCCGUCCGCGACCGCCGCCGGCAGCUUUAUCGACAGCAAAGCGCCUCGGGCUGCCAGCACAGACGCAGAAGCCGCAGCCAACGCAUUAUGUGGCGUUGCCGGUGCUGGCUCAUUCCCCCCGCCCCUGUCGACACCAAGUGGGGUUGCCGUGCCAUCAACCUCUGGAAGUCCAAAAACAAAGCAGGGCGUUGUGACCAGCAUUCCCGUUCAGAAAGCGGCGGGAUAUUUACUCCAACAGAAAAGUGGCAAACAGAAGCGCCUAUCUUCUCCAAGUGACGGAGCGGACGCACUCGCGUGCCCAAUGUGCCCCGUUGUUUGCAAGGACAGCGUCUCUCUGCAGGAGCACGUGGAAGUGCAUUUAGACGGUGGAGCAGGCGGCUCUGAUUCUGACGAAAGGCUGGCCCGGAGACUCCAUCAGGAAAUGGAGGCGCAACGGAGGGAGGAUAGCCGGCUGGAGCAGGAGGAGUUUAAGAAGUUGCAGAGGCAGUUUGGCCUGGAUGGCAGCGGCGGCUAUCGCAGACAGAUGGAAAGAACCAUGGAGAGAGACGUGGCCAGGGGCCUCAUGGCCCCCGCAGAGUAUCACUGUAAGAGGGUAGAGCUGAUGGAGUCUCUUGCCUCUGGAGUGGAUGAUGGCAGGACUAGAACGCAGGGUGUCAUUGCAGCCUUGUACGAGUACUAUCAGACCGAGUGCAGAGACUGCGUGCACGUGUGGCUCAGCUCGGACACGGACCACUACUGCUGCUCCACGGGCGACGCAGGCUGGGGGUGCGGCUACAGAAACUUCCAGAUGUUGCUGUCGUCUCUGCACAGACUAGAUGCAUACGCAUCCUCCUUUCGAGACAAAGUAGUGCCGAGUAUCCCGCGGGUGCAGAGUAUGAUCGAGGAGGCGUGGAAAGGAGGUCUGGACCCUCAAGGCGCAUCCCACUUUAACCAUCGGCUACAAGGAACACGAGCUUGGAUUGGAGCCACCGAGAUCUACGUCCUCCUGACCUCCCUAGGGAUCAGCGGCCGCAUCAUUGACUUCCACCAGCCCACAGGCCCAGGAGGCACCCAUCCCAAGCUCUUUGAGUGGGUCAGGCAGUACUUCAGUCGGUCCAGCAGGAGUGGCAGAUUGCCUCCUAGACUGAUCCGGACCUCCCUGCCCCCGCUUUACCUGCAGCAUCAAGGCCACAGUCGCUGCAUCGUGGGUUUGGAGCAGCGGAAGAACGGGACCUUGUGCCUCCUGCUUCUGGAUCCUGGUAUUUCCUCAGCCGACACCAGGAAGUUGAUGAGCAGGGACACCACGUCGGCAGCCGUCCGCCGUGUGCAAAAGCUCCCUGGCAGCCUGAAACACGCGCAGUACCAGCUGGUGGCAGUAGAGGGCAUGUUGUCCGCCGAAGAAAAACAGGCCAGCAUGGUGAACUCUGGGACACUGUGCGCUGAAAGGAUCCCGUGAACUAAAACACUUUUCCCACAAUCUUGCCUCCCUUUCCAUUUAAUAAGAGUAUUAAAUGUAUCACUUGAAGAUGUACAGUAUGCUGCUCUGCAUUUGCU